CUUUAUUUUCUGUUCAUCUUGGUUUGCUUUGACAUUCAUUCGAUUAAUUAGAUUCUUUUGCUGGAGUUAUAUAAGUUUGUUUUUGGUCUAAAAUGAAUGAAAUCGAUGUCCCUUGUCAUUUUCUUUGCCCGAUUUCCCUGCAACUCAUGAGAGAUCCAGUUACAGUCUCCACUGGGAUCACCUACGAUAGGGAGAACAUAGAAAGAUGGUUAUUUUCUUGCAAGAACAACACUUGUCCUGUCACGAAGCAAGUCUUGAAUGAUGAAGAUUUAACCCCAAACCAUACCCUUUGUCGCUUGAUCCAAUCAUGGUGCAUUCUCAAUUCUUCCCAUGGGAUCGAGCGAAUUCCAACUCCAAAACCACCCAUUGACAAAACCCAGAUUUCCAAACUUCUCAAUGAUGCCAAGAUUCCACACUUGCAGCUCAAAAUACUGAGGAAACUCAGAUCGAUCACGCUUGAAAGUGAAAGGAACAGAACUUGUCUUGAGGCUGCUGGUGCAGUUGAUUUCUUGGUUUCAGUCAUAAAGAAAGAAAACUCUAAUUUGGUUGAUGAUAUAUUUGCAGAUGAUGUUGAUGAAUCUGAGCUCACAAGAGUAACCGAUGAGGCAUUAGCCAUUCUUUAUCAUCUCAAAAUCUCAGAAAACCGAUUGAAGAAUCUCAUAUCAUCAUCAAAUGAUGGUGGUGAUGAGUUCAUAGAGUCAUUAACACAGAUCUUGAAACACAGUAACUAUCAAUCCAGGGCUUAUUCAACAAUGUUGUUGAAGUCCAUCUUUGAAAUAGCUGAUCCAAUGCAGUUGAUUAAUAUUAGACCACACAUCUUUACAGAAAUAGUACAGGUUUUGCGAGAUCAGAUCUCACAACAAGCAUCAAAAUUAGUAUUGAAACUGCUCGUGGAGGUAUGUCCAUGGGGAAGAAACAGAAUAAAAGCAGUAGAAGGUGGUGCAAUUUCAGUCUUGAUUGAGUUACUCCUUGAAAUAUCAGACAAGAGAGCUUGUGAGCUAAUACUAAUCGUUUUGGAUCUGCUUUGUGGCUGUGCUGAAGGAAGAGCAGAGUUGUUGAAGCAUGGAGCUGGACUAGCAAUCGUUUCCAAGAAAAUUCUUAGGGUUUCUCAUGUGGCAAGCGACAGGGCUGUGAGAAUUUUGAGAUCUAUUUCCAGGUUUUCCGCAACUUCUAGGGUUCUUCAAGAAAUGUUGCAGGUUGGUGUUGUGGCCAAACUGUGUUUGGUGCUGCAAGUAGAUAUCAGUUUCAAGAGCAGGGAGAGAGCUAGAGAGAUCCUCAAGUUGCACUCUAGGGUUUGGAAGAAUUCUCCUUGUAUACCCGCUCAUUUAAUGUCUUCUUAUCCAUCAUCUUCUUGAUUGAAUCAAUAUUUUUGUAUAUAUAUAUAAAUAAGGAAUGGAGACACAAGAAAGCCUUAUGAAAUACAAGUUUAAGAUAUAUUAUACAAGUAGGUAUUAACAUGGUUUAAGAACAAGAAUCUUGAUGGAAAUAAGAUAUUUUUGCUAUUUUAUUUAUUUA